AUGUCCAACUCAUCGCUGUCCUGCCGGAACUACACUUUAUUCACAAACCACUCCGCUGUCGUCCAUGACAAUGCUCAUUUUGCGACCUACGUGACGGUAUCCAGUCUGGCCUGCCUCUUUACUAUUGUGGUCUACCUUCUACUCAUCUCGCUGACAUUUCGUCGACGUUUCUCCUUAUCCGGUCCCCGUUUCCUGCUGGCCCACCAAUUCCUGGCAGAGAUGCUGAUGGUCGGUGUGCACUGGCCGCUCCUUCUCCUACAGCUGCUAUUGGCGCGCCACGGUAUUUUCACCAGCAACACCUUCUGCCGGCACUUCUACUUCUUUUACGAGAUCAAUAUGAUGGCCGCAAUAUGGGGUCUCUGCGCGCUGUCGUUCAACCGCUUCAUCGCCAUCGUCUAUCCCCAUCUCUACCCUCGCUUCACUCGCCAGCGAUUUCUCCGGGCGCAAAUCCUUGCAUUUUGGAUUUUGGGAAUUGCAGUUCACCUGCCGUUCUACUUGCGUACAAACGGCUUUGUCGCGGAACCUCCUUGGACACUCUGCAAUUAUGCCCGCCAAGGCAGUUUGAUGUUCGAUCUUGCGGCGACAUUGAGGGUCCACCUACCGUUGGCCCUGGCCGGUGUUAUGCACGUCGUCGUGCUGUGGCAGGUAGCGGCCUCACGGCGACAUGCUAAUCGCACUACCGCAGACGCAGCCGCCUUACCGCCCGCGAGCGGUGCCUACCGGAAACGCGUCCAAUUGGCCAAGAUGCUCUUCGCCAACUGGAUCGUGCACUGUGUAUGCUUUUCCACGCUUCCGAUGCUUAAAUCGGUGCUGCCGUUAUGGAUGCUCCAGCAAACUAUGACAUUGCCGUGGCUGCGCGGUCUGUUGUAUUCUGGAUAUUUAUCAACACCGGUACUGUUUUACGCGAUGAAUAGGGAAUGUCGGGAGGCGUUCAACAGUGUCCUAAUGUGUAAGCCAUUACCCAAUGCAAAACCCAGAGCGUCCAUGAGCUACGCACUGAGUCGUAAGGAAGCACCGGGCACCGCCAUUUCCAGAUCUGACGCCGCAUAA